CAUGGAGGACGACGUGGACCAGCCACAAACUACCAAUACUGUGGAAGAGCCCUUGGGCCUUAUUAGGCUCAGCCUAGAUGAGAGAAUUUAUGUGAAAGUGAGAAAUGACAGAGAGCUUCGAGGCCGAUUACAUGCAUAUGAUCAACAUUUAAAUACGAUUUUGAGAGAUGUGGAAGAAACUGUGACCACUAUAGAAAUUGAUGAAGAGACCUACGAAGAAAUCUAUAAGUCAACAAAACGGAAUAUUCCGAUGCUGUUUGUCCAGGGAGAUGGAGUGGUCCUUGUCAAACCACCGCUGAGGGUCAGCUGA